AACGUCAUCAGGCGCAGACCCGGCAGUGCGCUCACACUCACCUACACAUUCAGUAAAAACUUAUAUCCGCAGACCAGUGGCCUUCCUUUGUCAUGGCUGAGCAGAGUGUGGUGGAGAAAAUGAGCGAACUGCAAGUGCAAGAAGGGAAAAAGGGGGGAGCCGAAAGUGGGAAAGAUGGAGGAAAGAAGAAGGCUAAAGGUGCUGCAGCAGACUCUGGGGGCAGAGCCGAGCUCUCCCAGCCGCCUCAGUACAUCGAAGACCGCCUUUCUUUGUACACAAAGCUGAAAGCUGAGCAUGAUGCCUUGAUGGCUGAGAGGGCUAAGAAGGACAGCAAGCCCAUCAAGGUGACCCUGCCUGAUGGGAAGGUGGUGGAGGCUGAGUCAUGGAAGACCACACCGUACCAGGUGGCCUGUGGAAUCAGUCAAGGUCUUGCUGACAACACAGUGAUUGCUAAAGUGAACAACUGUGUGUGGGACCUGGACAGACCUCUGGAGGAUGACUGUAGCCUACAGCUGCUCAAGUUUGAUGAUGAAGAGGCUCAGGCUGUGUACUGGCACUCCAGCGCCCACAUCAUGGGUGAAGCCAUGGAGCUGGUGUACGGCGGCUGCCUCUGCUACGGUCCUCCCAUCGACAGCGGCUUCUACUAUGACAUGUUCCUGGAUAACAAUGAGGGUGUAUCGAGCAACGACUUUCCAUGUCUGGAGAACUUGUGCAAAAAAAUCAUAAAGGAGAAGCAACCAUUUGAGAGGCUGGAAAUAAAGAAGGAAACUCUCCUGGAAAUGUUCAAGUACAACAAGUUCAAGUGCCGUAUCCUGAAUGAGAAAGUCACCACUCCCACUACUACAGUUUACAGGUGUGGCCCCUUAAUUGACUUGUGUCGAGGGCCCCAUGUGAGACACACCGGGAAGAUCAAGGCCAUGAAGAUUCAUAAGAAUUCGUCCACAUACUGGGAGGGAAAGGCCGACAUGGAAACCCUCCAGAGAAUCUAUGGAAUCUCCUUCCCUGACCCCAAAAUGCUCAAGGAGUGGGAGAAGUUCCAGGAGGAGGCCAGGAACCGAGAUCACCGCAAGCUGGGACGGGAGCAGGACCUGUUCUUCUUCCAUGACCUGAGCCCAGGGAGCUGCUUUUUCUUGCCGAAGGGGGCCUUUAUCUACAACACCCUGGUGCAGUUCAUCAGAAGUGAGUACAGGAAGAGGGGUUUCCAGGAGGUGGUCACGCCCAACAUCUACAACAGCAAGCUGUGGCAGACCUCUGGCCACUGGCAGCACUACAGUGAGAACAUGUUCUCCUUCGAGGUCGAGAAGGAGACCUUCGCCCUCAAACCCAUGAACUGCCCAGGACACUGCCUGAUGUUCGAUCACCGUCCACGCUCCUGGAGAGAGCUGCCCCUUCGCAUGGCCGACUUUGGUGUCCUGCACAGGAACGAGCUGUCGGGAGCCCUGACUGGCCUCACCCGUGUUCGCCGCUUCCAGCAAGAUGACGCUCACAUCUUCUGCUCCAUGGACCAGAUUGAAGGUGAGAUCAAGGGCUGCCUGGACUUCCUGCGGACUGUGUACGAUGUGUUCGGCUUCACUUUCAAACUGAACCUGUCCACACGACCAGAGAAGUUCCUUGGAGACCCUGCAGUCUGGGACCAGGCAGAGAAGCAACUGGAGAACAGCUUGAACGAGUUUGGGGAGAAAUGGGUUCUCAACCCAGGUGACGGAGCCUUCUAUGGACCAAAGAUCGAUAUUCAAAUCAAAGAUGCCAUUGGGCGAUACCACCAGUGUGCCACAAUUCAGCUCGAUUUCCAGCUGCCGAUCCGUUUCGAUCUCACUUUUGUCAGCCAUGACGGUGAUGACAAGAAGAGGCCGGUAAUCAUCCACAGAGCCAUCCUUGGAUCAGUAGAGAGAAUGAUCGCCAUCCUGACUGAAAACUACGGGGGCAAAUGGCCUCUCUGGCUCUCUCCACGUCAAGUGAUGGUUGUACCCGUGGGACCAACCUGCGAUGACUACGCCCAGAAGGUCCAACAGGAAUUCCACAACAACGGGUUUAUGACUGAUGUGGAUGUGGACCCCGGCUGCACUCUAAACAAAAAGAUCAGGAAUGCACAGUUGGCCCAGUACAACUUCAUCCUGGUGGUGGGCGAGAAGGAGAAGACGAGUGACACUGUGAACGUGCGCACCCGGGACAACAAAGUCCACGGCGAGUGCAGCGUGAAGGACUGCAUCGAGCGUCUGCAACAGCUCAAGUCCUGCAGGAGUCGGAACGCCGAAGAGGAAUUCUGAGCCUUCCCAAACUCUCGCUGCUGUGACCUCGCAUUUUUUCUCACCAGCAGCAAGUUUUUGGUAACACUUGAACCAAACCACUCGGUUGAAGAAAGUUUUUGGCAGGGGAUAAAACAACAACAUUAUGGCCUAAUUUCUUUUUAUUUUACAAAAACAAUCAAAUUUUCCAUAUUAUACAGUUAGGAAAUCCAGUCUUUUUGUGUUUUCUAGUGUCUUCCGUUGUCCUUUGCUGUAUCAGUAUGGGAUUUAUUCGGUCAAGUCAUUUGUACUAUUAGAUGCCAUGCGCUCCAUGAUAUUUACUGUAAUCAACCUUUUCCUUUUCUGCUUCUAAAAAAAAAAUACAGCUGGCACUAUUAUGUAAUCUGGCCUUUGGGAACCUUUACAGAGCUACCUCUGUAUAAUUAAGUGAACUGUACCAAAUAAUUUAACUCUUCAUGUAACAGUUUCCAUAAAUCACGAACAGGAAGGGAAAGGAUUGUGAUGUCGACUCUUUGACUGUUUCUAUCUGUCAUUCAUCUCUAUUCAGGGGAUUGUACAUGAGUUACAAUUUUGAUAAUUAAACAGUUCUAUUCUUGA